AUGAUUACGUGUCGGUUCUGCAUGUUUUUAAAUGAACUGAAAGUGCUGGUGUUCAUGCGGUGUGGUUCAGGGGGGAAGACCGCUACAGACCCAGAUUUAGUCCGAUGCACGAGAAUGAGAGGUCUCGGUAUAGCUGGCUGCGGGUGGCCCCCCCUUGACUGUCCCGAGCGUAAUGAUGAGGAGGAGUACUACGGCAUCAAGCCCCGGCUGCAGAGCCUGGCAUCUGAGGAGAAGGAUGUCCAAGAGGCCUUGGAUGCAGCCUCCCUGCCCAGCCUCACCGAGAGCGGGAUGCACUCACCGCAGUGCCGAAUCUGCUUCCAGGGGCCCGAGCAGGGGGAGCUGUUGAGCGCCUGUCGCUGUGCUGGCUCCGUGCGCUGCACUCACCAGCCUUGCCUGAUUCGCUGGAUCAGUGAGAGAGGCUCGUGGAGCUGUGAGCUCUGCUACUUCAAAUACCACGUGCUGGCCAUCAGCACCAGAAACCCUCUGCAGUGGCAAGCCAUCUCUCUGACCGUAAUUGAAAAAGUGCAAAUUGCUGCCGUUGUCCUGGGCUCUCUCUUCCUCGUGGCCAGUAUCUCUUGGUUGGUGUGGUCUUCUUUCAGCCCUUCGGCCAAGUGGCAGCGCCAAGACCUCCUCUUCCAAAUAUGUUAUGGCUUGUACGGCUUCAUGGACAUCGUGUGUAUCGGCCUUAUCAUCCAUGAGGGCUCGUCUGUUUACCGGAUAUUUAAGCGCUGGCAGGUGGUGAACCAGCAGUGGCGAGUACUGAACUACGAGAAGGCCCAGGACUCGGGCAAGCACAUGGGCUGCAGCGGCACGACUGUGGGCCGGCUGUGGAGGAGCCUUGCCGGCAGCUCCGCAGCAGGCAGGAGAGGAGCCGGCGCUCAGCGCGUCAGGACUGUUCUCACACACCACUGUGGCUUCACGCUUCUACACAUCCUGAGCCAGUUAAGACCCAGCAACCAACACCUCAGCACCAGCUUCCACCAUGAGGUGGUCAUGAGGGUGACCACCGUAUGA